UGGAGUUGGAACGGAGUCAGUACUUCCUGCUCCUUCGAGGACGAGCAAGAAAAUUUCGGUUGAUACCAAAAAGUUUUUCUUUUACCUCGCGAAGGACACCAUUUCGAAGAGCCAAAAGGGAAUACAUAUACAGAAUGUCUUUGAUGGAACAUGGAAACGUCCGGCCAGUGACUGCAGUGGCCUGGACCUCCAACACUGGCACCUGCCCCAAAGAUUUCACUCUAAUCAACCUCACAGAAGACGGAGCAUCAGCAAACUUUACACGCAGCUUUGCAAUGAAGUCUGGAUAUUACCUCUGUUAUAACAAGGACUCGACAGGUGGUAUGGUAGUGUCAGACAUUCGGAUUAUUUCUGAUAAGGACUCACUUCCUCAUGGUUACUGCUAUAUAGCGGAGCAUCUUGAACCAAAGGCCACCGUUUCCAAGAAAAAACGCGUGUGUGUACGCAUCGUCCCAGUGGGCAGUGUGGACACAGCUGUGUUGGAUAUUAAACUGACAGCCAAAAGCAAAAUGAUGUUGCAGCAUUACACAUUUGUGGGAGACAUCCAUGGAUAUGUGCUGUGGUACAGAAAGGGUUACUUUGCUAAACCCACGCCUCAAGCCAAACCCCGCAGUCUCAGCCUCGACGUCCACAGACUCUUCUUGGAUGAGCCGUCUCCUCCUCUGCCCCUCAGACCCAGCAACCUUCCUCCUCCAUUGCCAUCUGGCAGACUUAGUCAAAGACGCUGUAGUCUCCAAAGGAAGGAUAACGUGGACAAACCUGCUGAUGGUAGCAUCCAGGGAAUUACAGCUCUAGAUGGAGUUCCCUUUAGCCUCCACCCUAAAUUUGAGAUCCAGGCAAAUGGGACGAACUCUCAUUUGAAUAUUCUCAUAAAGUCUCUCCAAGACAUUGAAAAUGAGUAUAACUACACAUUCAACGUGGAGGAAAAUGCUGCCAAGAGGAUCAGACCAUCAGUACAAACAGGAGGGACCCUGUCAACUCAGUGAUGCUUGCACUUUGUCAAAGUGACAAAAUUAAACAUUCUCUUAUUUCUGUCCAGAGGGCGCUUAUAAGAUAACUGCCAAACAUGUUACCAGUGAAAGAUAAUCAUGCCUGCAUUUAGGUUUACAUUUUCAGGCUUUAAAAGGUCAAAUUUGGACACCACUGUAUUUAAGACUGACUUCAAAGCCAUUCGUCUUGAAGGCAGUUUAGUUUUGAUCCAGGAUUGCUAUCUUGAAGCAUUUUAAGUUUCUGUCUGCCAACGAAAAGGCCUAUUUGAGCAAGGUCCUGUAACAGCAUAAAGAUGUUGUGACUGAAUGGAUUCAGCCCAGUCUUUUCUUUUAGAUGCUUAAUUUCCAAAUGUAGAAUACUUCAAUACUGACAAAUGAAGAUGCACUUUGACAUUUAAGAUGUUUUUCUUCUUUGAUUGCUCUGUUUUGUGUUAUCUGAUACAGCUAGCUGUUACAUAUCUUUGUUUGAAGAAUUGUAAUAUCAGGACGUUUUGGAUGAAUUUCUUCAAAUGAUGACUCAUUACAUACACUAACAUAUAUAAAUAUAGAGUAUAGUGCAUUUCUUGUAUGAAGAAUACCAUCAGUUUUUUUUUAAUAUAUAUAUAUAAAUAUCUUAUUUAAAGGUGAAUAUUAGGGAAAUGGGUAAUUAUUCAAACACGUUCCCUGUAUGUUAGUUACAGGGAAAGUGUAACUAACAUACAGUUAGUUAGUAAGGCUGAGUUAGGACCAAAUAUUUAUCUAUGUAUAAUGUUUUACCGUGUCUUUAAAAUGUACUACAUGGGGAAAAUAAAAACCUGAGAAACAGUAA